AUGGAGCAGUCACAGCGGAGCCUGGAUACAGAGCAGCAGCUGAAAGUACGGGACCGGCAGAAGUUCUUUGAGGAGGUUUUCCAGCAUGACGUGGAUUUCUUCUUUCCUAUGUCUCACCUGCAGAUAGAGCAUCGGAGACCCCCCUUAGGCAGUAUUUCCUCCAUGGAGGUGAAUGUGGACAUGCUGGAGCAGAUGGACAUGAUGGACCUGUCAGACCAGGACACCGUGGAUGUGUUUCUGGGCUGUGGGACAGAGGAGAGCAGCAUUACUGGGCCCCUGCCAGGGGCAGAUGCUGGCCAGUGCACAGAGGAAAUCACCCUGCAAGUGCCCAACACAGCUGAGAGCAAAUCACGCAUUUCCUCCACGUCCUCUGUCUCCACGGAUCUGAACAGCCUGGACACCAGCGAGGAGGGGGCCGAGACCCCUGUGGUGCAGUCGGAUGAGGAGGACCUGCAGGAGGACAGUCCCAAAGAGCAGGAGGCAAGAAGCUAGCAGCCAGCUUUGCCCCACUCCCAGCCUCCUCUAUAUGGACCUGCCAGCCCAGAGGAAGGAAAGCUGCUGGUACUCGGUAAACCCCAUCCUGGACUGCUGCCUUGCAGGAGGGGAGAGAAGAUUUUUCCCUCCUGUCCCUCUGCAGGUUCUCCUGGCACCCAGGGGAGAAGGAAAGGGGUAUUGUAGGCUCCCAAAAUUAACUCUUCAGGCUUUGCCGCUAACACUCCCUGCUUCUCUCCCCUGAAAUGCUCAACAUCCCACAGCCCCACCGUUCCCAGAAAGCCAUCCCUUGGGAUCCCAGCUCCCCCCAUCCUACUGACAAGGGUCCUCUCCAGACAAGCGUUUAACGGUGUCAUACAAAGAAAUAACACUCCAAUCUAA